AUAUUUCAAAAAGCAGUAUUAAACAAUCAACAUGAAGUUUACAAUAACCGCUUUUACAACACUCGUUUGUUUCUCUAUGGUUUAUGGACGCCAUAUUACCAAACACCAUAAAACUCAUGAUGAUCGAAACAAACAUCAUUUAAAGCGAGAUGGCGGUGAUCUGACAACUACUGAUAAUACUAACCCUAACUCCGAUGGCUUUUCAAAUAUUAAUGUGGAAUCAACUACUUCAUACAAUUCUAAACGCCACGCAAAACAUCUCAAUUUCAAGAAAAAUCAUUUAAAGAGAGAUGGUGACUUAACACCAGGGACAGAAGAUCCAAUUACUCCAAUCACAGAACUUGACAACAAUCCUUCUGGUAGUCCACCCGGUUCAGAUUCAAGCACAUCAAGCCAACCUUUUAAGCGUCAUGGAACCCAUCAACGCCAAAAGAACCACCAUGCAAAGAGAGACGGUGCUGAGCCAUAUACAGAAUUGUCUUCAACAGAACAGCCCACGUCUAAUGAUUUUCCAAGUGUAGAAAUAACCACUCAACAACAAAACCCUUCUAAACGUCAUAGAAACCAUCACCAAAAGAAACAUCACUUAAAAAGAGACGGAGGUGAUCUGACGACUACUGAUAAUACUAAUCCUAAUUCCGAUGGCUUUUCAAAUAUUAAUGCGGAAUCAACUACUUCAUACAAUUCUAAACGCCACGCAAAACAUCGGAAUUUCAAGAAAAAUCACUUAAAAAGAGAUGGUGACUUCACAUCAGGGACAGAAGAUCCAAUUACUCCAAUUACAGAACUUGACAACAAUCCUUCUGGUAGUCCACCCAGUUCAGAUUCAAGCACAUCAAGCCAACCUUUUAAGCGUCAUGGCACCCAUCAACGUCAAAAGAACCAUCAUGCAAAGAGAGACGGUGCUGAUCCUAAUCCAUAUACAGGAUUACCUUCAACAGAACAACCCACGUUUAAUGAUUUUCCAAGUGUAGAAACAACCACUCAACAACAAAACCCUUCUAAACGUCAUAGAAACCAUCACCAAAAGAAACAUCACUUAAAAAGAGACGGAGGUGAUGGCAGUUCAAUUAUAGAAGUCAGUGAUCCAGAAACUUCAUCAUAUUUUUCUCCAGAAAAUAGCAAUCCAACUACAGAAUCAAGUAUAGUGAUUGUAUAAGUGUUAUUAUUUCUAUUAGUAAAAUGUAAUUAAUUAUAUACAUUAAUCAAUCGGGUUCAAUAUUAUUACGAAAUUAAAUUAGAAUAAUUGUAGUAAUUAUUCAAAUAAAUGGGUUAUAAGUAU